AUGUCUGACGCCUCCACUGCAGUUCUUCCUACCCGGAUCAUCCUCAGCCUGAUCGGCCUGGCCUCUGCAGCAGGAGGUUACCUCGCCGAUUGGAACGAAACUCACGUCUUCAAUCCCAAAUGGACUCCUCAUGCCAAAUUUCACAACGGCCAAACCAUGAGCACCGGUCUCGGUCUCGGCCUGCUCACCUUCUACUACACCUGGCGAACCACCAACACCGGCUCCUCGCCAGGGCUGCUGGAUAACCUGUUCACGGCAACUCUCAUGUCGAGUCUGUACUGGGUAACACAACUGAGCGCCAUUCUGUACCCAGGCACCAAAUGGGUGGACGAUGAAUUCAAAGAGAGUCAUGGAGAACCGCAGAAGAGAGGGGCACCAGUACUAUUGGGUGUGAGUUGGUUGGCAUUUGGGCUGGGAUGGUAUAGGUUGACCCGAGGUCAUAUUAAGAGUUCAUAA